AUGGAAAAUAAAAAAGUCAGGAGUGAACUGAAACCAAAGUACAGACUCCAGAGAUGUGAGAAGGCAAGAGGAGUGUGUAAGACCUACUGUGAUGAAGACGAGUUUGAUUAUGGAUAUUGCAUCAAAUGGAGGAACCAGUGCUGCAUAUAA